GCGUGGCCGCGCGCGGGGCGGGCGGGGCGCGCGGCCCCAGCAUCCCGCGCGGCGGCGUUUGAAUGGCGCAGGCUCCGCGCUAGGGUUGUGUGGGUUCUUCUCCCCCGCGGCGCGGCCUGGCGCGGUACCAUGAGCAGCGGGGAUCUGAGAGAUUAUGGCAUCUGAAGCCAACAAUGUUAGAAAGCAGAAAUUGCAUAUCGAAGGUUGUCCCAUUGAUCCCCCCAGAAAAAGAAUCUCUUCUUCCACUAAAAAGAUCAUGAAGGAGGGUAAGAGAUCUCCAAAACAGCUGGCUUCAUACACAAACAGAAUAACAGUUGGAAAAACGGUGACCAGUACCCCCUCUCUUUUCAAAGUAGUAUAUUGUAAAAGAAAAGUUCAUUGUUACAGUCCAAAGCCUUGUUACAGAAAGAAGCAGUUUCCUAAACCUAGAGGCUGUGACAUGGCAAAUAAAGAAAAUGAACUGGCUUGUGCAGGAAAUCUGCCAGCAAAAGUGCACCAUGAGAGUCGUACACACUUGCUGAAUUCUGGGGACUCUGGCUCAUCUCAGACAGAAGGCCCCUCAUCUAAAUAUAGUGGAUUUUUUUCAGAGGUUUCUCAGGACCAUGAAACUAUGGCUCAAGUUCUUUUCAGCAGGAAUCUGAGGCUGAAUGUAGCUUUAACAUUUUGGAGGAAGAGAAGUAUAAGUGAACUGGUAGCCUACUUAGUGAGGAUACAGGAUCUUGGAGUAGUAGUAGACUGCCUUCCUGUGCUUACAAACAGUUUACAGGAAGAAAAGCCAUAUAUUUCAGUUGGCUGCUGUGUAGAUCUUUUGCCUUUAGUGAAAUCGCUGCUUAAAAGCAAAUAUGAAGAAUAUGUGAUAGUUGGUUUGAACUGGCUUCAGGCUGUCAUUAAAAGAUGGUGGUCAGAACUAUCUGCACAUACAGAAAAAGCAGAGGAUGGAAAUAUUCAUAUUUUAAAACAAGAGUUAAGUGGAUUAUGGGAACAAGAGAAUCAUCUUACUCUCGUUCCAGGAUAUACUGGUAAUAUAGCUAAGGAUGUGGAUACUUAUUUAUUACGGCUACACUGACAUGACUGGGAAAUGAGUGUUUAUGUGGUGAAAUAAUCCUUUAAAGUGUCCCUGACAUAUGUACUGUUUCUGAAAGCCUUUUGAGAAAUACUGGCAGAAGAGAGCUGAACUGUCAAGCUGUUUAAUGAAACCACUAAUGAAAUCCUAACAAUCUACUUCACAUUGAAGUGGAAAAAUGUCUAGUAGGAGCAACUUUUACUUCAGUGAGGUGAAAGUGCACUAUGAAAACUGUAUGCCUUUGCUGCAUUUGGGAUUCACUCAGUUACUAGGUAUUCAUUUAAAUGCUACUGUAUUUUACUACAACAUCGUGUAAAAGGUGACUUGUACUGUCAUGAAGACAAGACAGUGGAACCAGUUAUAAGGAACCCACAAAAGAAAUCAGCGUUAAGAGCUUUUAAAUGUUUCUUUCACAAGAGAACUCCAAAAUGCACAACUAUCUUGCAAUUACAUUAAAAAAAACUUCAAAAUACUCAAUUACUUCUACGUUUUAAUCAAAUUAUUAAAGACAAUUUUUGUUUGCACUAUUGAGAAACUAUACAGCAAAGAUGCCUUAAUUACUAGUGUUUCAAAAGCCAAUGUGUUAAGAUGCAAAUAGCUAUUAUAUUCAGAUUGUGAUGGAAAAACUACAGAAAUCAGGGUUUCACAUUGUAUAGUUAAUGAAGCAUUGCACAUAUACAAAAAUUCAUGUAUGAAAGAAUUAUAAAUACCUGAAGUUAAGCUUGGAUAAACAGUUAUUGCAAAUGUCAGCAGAAUGGUGAAUUUAUGUUUAACAAAUGUUUUUAUAUUGUAUGUGGAUUUCUAACACAGUAAUCUUGUUCUGUAUCAUUUAAACUACAUGCAAAUAAGUAAAUAUAUUAAAUGUAUCUACUGUUCUUUUCUUUUCAAGUUCAUAAAAACAAUUUCUAGAAGAAUCUCUUCCACAGUACUUUUUAUCAUAGAUAUUUUUGUCUAUUGUUUGAAAUGUUUACAGCCAGAUGAGGCCAUAUUAUUCAAAUCCAACCCUUUUUAUACUACCUCCUUUAAGAAACUGACAAACAGCUUUUGCAAAAUUAAGUUCUAGCCUGGUCAAUGAUGGCAAAUUCUUACCAACAAGAGCAUUGAAAAUACAGGUAUAAACUCUUACUGUCCUACUGCCAUCCUGUACUAUUUUAAUUUAAAAGCUAUAUAGCUUAGUAGCUCUGAGGGAUUUUUGAUUUUAGGCUUGCUAUUGUAUUAUUAUUAUUAUUAUUAUUUGGGAUUGAUUAGGAAGCAUGCUUUUCAAAUUAAAACUUAAGUGCCAGCUGUUCACUUAAAACAUAAAUAUAAGUGCACAGCAUGUAUUGCCAAAUAGUCUACUUCUUUAAAAAAGCGAAGUACUUACAAGGUUUGUUUUCAUACCUAGCGUUAAGCAUAUGCACUUUUACUGACAUGCAGGAGAAAAGUCUUUUGAUAGCCCUGAGUGUGAGUUUUUUUCUGUACAGAUGAAAUAAAUGAAUUUUAAACUCUUGUAGUGGUCAAUGGCUUUAGGCCUGCUAUUGCUUCAUUUUGUAUUUAAUUUACAUAUAAUUUAUGCUGACUUCUGAAGGCCAACUAGAAAUCUGUCAUCAGAACUUGGUGCUUUUGGUUAUUUGAAUAGUCUUUAAACCACCAAAGGUUUUUCUGCUUCCUGGGGCAGCUGGCAACAGGGAAAGGUUUUUUUGGAUAUUCCAAAACUGAGAAUUUUGUGGGACAAUCUUAAGACAUGCAUAGCCAAAUUCUUUUUGAUAGAAUUAUGUACUAUUAGAGGUAGUUCACAGUCCAAAGAGUUUGAGAUGGAGCUUCUUUCUUGCUGUCAAAAAUUUAUAGGAACUACAGUAUGAUGACACUUUUGUAUUGCUUUACUGUUCUGUUGAGCACUUAAAUGCAAUAGCAACGUAGAGACUGGCUUCAGAAUUUGUGUAGCAAUUGCUGAAACUUCCUCAAGGAGGAUAUUGUAAAGGUGAUGGAAACUCAGAUCUUGAUUUCCCCUGUUUUUUCUAAUAGACAAAAUAAAGUAACUCAUGGCCAUUUAUUUCUGGUAGUACAAGAGUAUUUCACUUUAAAUUACAAUGAUUUCUUCUAGUAUUCAAAAAUCCAACUUGACAUAUGGGCUUAUAGUGAAUUCUGUAUGUGGCCAUGGAUUUAACAAAUCUUAAUUGUGGAUGGUGCUUUUGUUCUAGUGGCAAAGUCAGGUUGACUUGAGGAUUGUUAUUGAGAAAUACCUAAUAAAAUAAUGCAUUAUUUUUAAUUGCUGGAAGUUGUAUUUUGACAGCAUCCAUAUACAGUAUUAAACAUUAAGGCAUUAGUAUCUGUGCCUUAUUUUAAAUCGUUUUUUUUUUUUUUACUGUUUUCAGGCAGCUACUAGACUGUGAGAACAGGAUUCUGUUCUCUGUCCAUUUUGAAAUUAUUUUGUUACGAUCUUUAACUCAUUUGAACCAUUCACACUGACAUUCAGGCUCAGCUUGUGUGCUCUUUAGUUCUCAAAUAGCUAGGGAUCGGUUUUGCUGUAAUAGAAUGUAUAUGUAUGAUAUCUGCUCAAAGGUGACAUUUGUAAAAUGUUUUAAUGGGCAUGUAACUCCAUGAAAUCCAUGUGGCUGUCUCAUUUAAUCUAAGAAUUAGUUCGAUGAACAAUCAUGAGCAUAAAUGCUAAUCUUCGUGAUGCUUUCUGAAAAUGCUCUUUCUAGGAUGUGUCAAAAGGUCCAGGCAGAAUUAAUCCUUUGUCCUGUAAUCUCUUGUGAUGCAGAAACUUGUAUGUACUUGAGGAUGAAGGAUGCCUCUGCAAAGCUGUUCAUGUUAUACCGCUUGAUAUGAAAUUUGUCUUUGAAAAACAAUGUCUUUUGCCUCAAUGUUCCCUGAAAUAUUUAAGGCUGUUCUGCUGGAAGAGUUUUUAUUUGAAGUGUGAACUAGGAUUUACACAUCCCCUAAAUUUAAAUUAACAAACCCCUCUGGCAAACUGCCUCUUUCUGCAAAGCUAAAAACGUGCAAGUGUUCUGUUGAUUUAAGGAUCAAAGUUUAAGUAUUGCUGAUAGCUUGCUGAAGACUGGAGAUAGAAAAAGUUACCCCAUUAAUUAGCUGGGUACAAAGAAGAGAGCAUGUCUUGAUUACAUACAGCUCUGUUUUGAAAGAAUCACACUUCUUCCUUAGUAAAGAAUACUGUGCAGAGGAACACUGUUGUAUCAAACAGGUAUUGCAGUUCUAAAUGACUUACUGGGGCUUACAAAUUGUUACUGGUAUUAAAAAGAAAAAACAAAUAGUAUCAGCCCUCUUUAAGCUUAUCUUCUGCAGUGAGAUACAAUUAAAAUUAUCUUCCCCUUUCUGUAGGCUGCCUUAUUGUUAUCAGAGGCUGCAGUUUUAACACUUGGGUGCAGGAUGGAGGAACAGAAAGGACAAAAGAAAAAGUACUUGCACUCUAUACUGCAUUAUACCGUAUAUAUCUUAAAGCAGGCUGUGUUUUCAUCUUCUCAUAUCUGAAGUGGGCAAGUGUGGAGUUACAGGUCUUUAUGCAUUUUGCAUUGAAGAGUAAUAAAAGUUUUGAAGAUGGAUACUACACUGCUGA